AUGGCGGACUUCAUGACCGCAGUCAAGACCGUUCACAAGACAAACGAUGAACCGCGAGACCCGAUCCUCACACCCAUCUCCACACAAGCCGUGCAGGAUGAGAAACCCGAGCCCAAACCCACAGCCGGGGUCGAUGAUGCCGAGAAGAAAACGUUCGCCUCUAUCACAUCGCCCGAAGAUGCACUUCAGUACUUGCGGUCUCAGCCUGAUGCAGAUGGCCUCAUCAGGGUUCUUCGUCGCCUGAGCACACGCCAUGGGCUUUCCGACAACUUCGACCUCCAUGCCCCUGGACCACUGCAAGCGCAGAUCAUCAAUACCAUUGUCACAUCUGUAGUUCCAACCUUCUGGUCUGCAUUCGACAAGAACGACAAGCUACUUCUGCUUGCAUGCCUGCGAAACGCUGCGGGAGCUAAUGCUCUUGUGGCGAGAGCAAAGCUGCUUUGCGACGAUCUCAGUAGGUCCAGGCCUGAAGAUGCCAACUACGAGGAGCUGGCUGUUAUCCUCUCCGCUAUCAAUCAAGUCUUCAAACCUGAUGACAUCGCUCUGGUCGUUUGGAGUGGUCUUGCAGAGGAAGUAGACAACGAAGUCAAGCGGCAACUGGCGUGGAAAGACUUCGUUGGCCUCAUCGCAUCUGGGAAGCUCGUUACGACCGUCGCUCGUACUGAAGACACUCUCAAGACCAAGGAGAGUAUUAGCCAGACGACUUCGUCUUUUUCAUCUGGAGCUGAGACUUCGGCAUGGCUUGGCAGAAACGUUGCAGCCUUCGUUCAACAAUCGGGAAAUGAGAGCCUGGAUCAUCCAGAUGCAUGUUCAGCCUCAGGCUUACUUCUCUCCAAAUCAUUCGGGCUCGGAUAUGCUCUAUCACUAGCCAAGGCCUUCUUCAAGGCCCUUCUCUUGCAGGAACCAGGCGAUGAGGCAUUCGAUGGCAUAGACACCUUGCUCCGAGUCCUUCCAACUCACACGAAACGACAACUCCUCGAGACUACGUUGAAAUGGCUAUCAGAGGCCACUGACGAUAUAUCAGCGAGCAACACUUCCAGUCACACCUCCAAUGUCCAGGUUGAGGGCAUAUCAUCGUUGAUUAGCGUUCUUUUGAGAUCAGACACAUUCAUGCUGCAGCAUCUCGUCCAAUUUCUGGGAGAUCCCGUCGCAGCCACUCUCACGAAUGAUACCCGACGAGCGUGCAUUGCUGUACUGGCCAAAGACGCAACCAAUGAGCUGGAAAUCCUGCUCGAACGGCUGAUGAGCACCUUCGGUGAGAAGGUCUUCAUCGACCAUGCGCCCAUCGUUCAGCAGGAGGGCAUUGCGCAAACCCUUCUCUUGGCAGCUGGUCAUAUUCAUCGCAUCACCCCAAUGGCCCUUCUCAUGACAGCGAGAUCAUCGGGGCAUAUGCAAGGUGUGAGCAAUCGCUUGCAUAGUUCCAAUCAGAGAGCAAGAUGGCUCGGCAUGGUUGUUGGCGUAUCCUUGUCAAGCUUGGUCGAUAAAGCAGACUCUCUGUUGAGCUUUGGCACUGAUGAGAUGUCCACUGAGGAGGCCAAGUGGUAUCAGAGUCUUGUCAAGAUCGAGGAUAAGAUCGGCAACUUGGGAGAUCUCAGAAAGCUGUUGGAGACCAGAAAGUCUCUGGCUAGAGCGCACCGAAAGAUACCCAUCAGAUCCGAGCCCCAAAAGCUACCCAUGAUCAAUGGAAAGCAGGCAUUUGGGCCUCCAAAGCCACCAGUACCUGUUCAGACCGAAGUCAUUGGCGACAAGGUGACUGAAAUAGAAGAUGACGAAGAGGACGAGGACGACGAUCUCAAACCAUACGCUAAGCCAGACAGUGACCCGGAGGACAGCGAUGAAGAUGCAACACUGGUCAAUCGCAAGAAGCCACGGCCUCCGGUGUACAUUCGAGACUUGAUGAGAAUGCUCAAAGAGGCCCAGGAUCACGACAAAUUCCAGAUGGCCAUCAACCAUGCCCCUGGCUUGAUCAGACGAAAAGCCAACUUUGGGGGUGAGGUCAAAGACCACGCUGAAGAACUGGCACUUAUGCUGUGCGACCUGCGAGAUCCUUUCGAGACUGAAGGAUUUGACGAAUUGAAGCUGCAAGCUCUCAUCGCCAUCCUCCUGACAGACGUCAAGACGAUGAGUCCAUGGCUAAGCAAGCAGGCCUUCGCAGGCGAGUACUCCCUCUCACAGCGGUGCGUCAUGCUCAGCGCCAUCGGACUGGGCGGGAGAGAACUAGCAGGCUAUAAAGAGGACGACUUGAAUCCCGCCCCACCGAGCAGCACCACAUCCUUCCCAAGCAAACGCCUACCAGACCAUUUACACGCCAUCUACAGUCCAACAAACAGCUCCGUCAAACGCCUGGAGUCAGCCAGCAAGAACGUCGAACACCAACUCAUCAAACCACUCGCCCUCUCAGCCGCCGACAAAACCACAUCCCACCUCGACGCCGUCAAAGUACGCACCUUCUCCAGCCGAAUGGAAGUCGAGCGCACAAAACGCAAGCCCACCGCAAACCAACUCGCCAAAACCCUCGGCGAAUCCUUCUUCUUCCCCUUGCUAAGCCGCUACCAACAAGAAGUCGCCGCCUACGGAUCAGGCAGCGUCUUCGUCUCGGCGCCCUUCGUACUCGUCACAUUCCUCAAAACUCUCGCUCUCCUCUUCCACGCCGCCGGACCCGCAACACUGAACCUCGCCGAGAUCACAACCGCCUUUUGGGACCUCCUCCUCUCACUGCGAAUGCAAGCCAUCUCGGACAUCUCCGUUCUUGAAUCAGUGCUCUUCUCCCUGCUGACACUCCUCGAGAUCAACGUCGACUCAAGACAGCGCGUGGUACAAGAGACGCCAAAGCAGCUCAUGGAGACACAACAAUGGGUCGAGCUUGUAUUCGAGAAAACCGGAGGUGGAAGUCUUGUCACCGAGGGGAGUGAUGAGGAGGCGAGGGUGAGGACUCUGGCGGCGGGUGUGUUGAUGAAGACGAAGGAGAUUAUUGAGGCGUAUCAGAAGCAGUUGAUUGAGAACACGUACGGCUGA